ACCAACGUUUAAGAAUCCUCUAUUAAAUCACCCUAUACUAUAUAUAAACCCUAACUCCUCUAUUUUAAUUCCCUCUCCGCCACUCUCUUCCAUCUCCAACACUAUCACACACAAACAAACACCAAAAAUGCCGUUCAAGAGAUACGUCGAGAUCGGGAGAGUGGCUCUCGUUAACUACGGCAAAGACUACGGCAAGUUGGUCGUCAUCGUUGAUGUCGUCGACCAGAACAGGGCACUUGUUGAUGCCCCGGAUAUGGUAAGAGGCCAAAUGAACUUCAAGAGGCUUACAUUGACAGAUAUCACAAUUGACAUUCCCCGUGUUCCCAAGAAGAAGACAUUGAUCGAAGCUAUGGAGAAGGCCGAUGUUAAGAACAAAUGGGAAAGUAGCUCGUGGGGUAGAAAGUUGAUUGUCCAGAAGAGAAGAGCAUCUCUCAACGACUUUGAUAGGUUCAAGCUUAUGUUGGCUAAGAUCAAGAGGUCCGGAGUCAUCAAGCAAGAACUUGCUAAGCUGAAAAAGGAGAAUGCAUCUUGAAUUUGAUAUUGAAUCAUGGAUUUUUGUUAGUUUUUGUCAUCAAACAUUCUGCAGGUUGUUCUUUUUUGUAAUUUUUUCUUUUAUUUACAAAUGAUUAAAAAGAUUAAGAUUAGUUGAGAGAUCUUUGUUUGCUAUAUUACAUAUUUUAUAGUGAGUUUAAUAGCAGGAUAUUGCUUUGCUUGCUGCAA